AUGCCUCCUCCUACUACCCCCAAAAGACAAACACGCUCAAGUCACUCCUCCACCAGCCAGGAAUCUCGAAAUAGGAGGAGUAACGACUCAUAUGGCUCUAACUCAACUGCGCCCACCUCCCUCUACACCUCGCCCCGUCCCUCUGGCUUGAAGCGCUCCCCCGCAUCAACAGGAAGCAGUGGUACGUCCAGGAGUUACGACUACCGAAACGAUGUCAGCCCUACCACUUCCCUCGACUCGCGCUCCUCCGUGGAGACAUAUGCCUCGACGACAGCUUCAUCUGAGGAUAUUGCCACCCUGGACGACAAGUCGUUGGACUACGAGUACAACAGCAUCCCGCCGCUUCCCGUGUACCGCCGCGAGCUUGUCGAGCCCAAUGUCCGCCCUUCAACCCCCCAAGACUUCGCCAAACUCUUCCCCUCGCUCAACCGCCUGACAAUUCGCCAUGAUGAGUUUACUUCCGACGGAAACAUGAACUUGCGGAUCGACACAGUGGUGACGGGACGGAGGAGAACGGCCAUCCAGCUCUUCCAUCUUCGCAUGUACGAUCUGGCCAAGCGGGAAUUCUCGCUUCGUCGGUACUCGAGGGAUUCUGGUCGCGAGGUUUGCAACUCGAAGCGCAAGUACACUGAGCCGGGCGCUCCUUCGAGGCCCCAAUCCAGGGAUCACGAUGAGAGGCCAACGCUGAAGCGCUCCAUGUCGACCGCGAUCAAGAACUUGGGUGGUGGAAAACCGGCUCUUCGCCGUGCGAAGUCGGGCAUGGCAGCCUUGGGCCGCCCUGGCACGGGCUACUCAACUUCCGAUGCCGAUGAUGAGAUCUUCCACGAUCGGAGCAACUUGUCUCGUCUGUCACUCGAUCAUCACAAGGCCCAGAGGCCGCAGCCUACCAACACCAUCAAGCUUGAGUUCAGCAACUAUGCCCGCGUGGAUGUGCAUCGUCGGGGCAGCAAGAACAACAAGCGCUACGAAUUUGAGUGGUGGGGCCACAAGUACAGCUGGAAGCGUCACUUUGACAAGCAGCUGAACUCGGUGUCCUUCCACUUGAUCCGAGACGGGAACUCCAGCGCGCCGGUCGCGCAUAUCGUUCCCGAGACAAGGUCUCCCAGCCAGGUGCUCGCUGACGAGAACGCUGGUGGCUGGGUGCCUCCUUGCUUCAUGUGGAUCGCCGAUGAGACCAUCGUGGAUGCCAUCACUGAUGUUGCCGAUGUCAUUAUGUCUACCGGGCUCAUGACUCUCGUGGAUGACUGCAUCAAGGAGCGAUGGCAGACCAAGAAGGUCCACCACAUUCCCGUUCCCUUGAUUCACAAGACGGUCAGCUUUGAGAACAUCAACCCCAGGGCUAUCAUGCAGAGCAUUUUCGGCCGGCGGCACUCCCACUCAAGUGACCGCCCGCCCUCGGCACCAUCGAGCCCUCUGCGAUUCGCGAAUCCCGUGCCGGUCUACUAG